CUUACCUAUAUUUAACCUCUUCCAUCUCCAUAAAGAUCUACGGGUGAUCCGCCCAUCAAUUCACCAUUUUCGUCGCUCUAUCACUCAAUCGCAAGGAUGAUGGCUGGUCUACAGGCAGCAAAGAAGGACCUCCGGCGGAGAAUGCGGGAUGCGCUGCACAAGAUCCCCGCCGACUCCAUCGACAAUCAAUCCAGAGUCGCCACCAAUAGGUUGUUAGCCCUCCGGGAGUACCAGGAUGCAAGGAGAAUAGGAGUUUACCUCUCCAUGCCGGCCGGAGAAUUGUCCACCACAGCCAUCGUUCGGGACGCUCUGGCGAGUGGUAAGGAGGUCUUUGUGCCAUAUAUACACAAGCUAGAGUUGUCGGAGCAGUCAAGGACCUCCGUGAUGGACAUGCUAUUGCUAGAGUCGAUGGAGGAGUUUGAGUCUCUGGAACCCGACAAAUGGGGGAUCCCGUCGCUGUCGGAGGUCCAAGUCCUCAGUAAGAGGAACUGUUUCGGAGGCAAAGGAGUCUCGCCUCAACCAGAAGACGCUACGAAAGGGCCCUACGGACUGGAUCUGAUCGUGAUGCCAGGAAUGGCCUUUGACGGGGGCCUCAGAAGAUUAGGACAUGGUAAAGGUUAUUAUGACCAUUUUCUGACGAGGUAUUCCAGAGAGGUAGCCGCAAGCGAGUCAACGAAGCCGAAGUUGCCCUUCCUCGUUGCCCUGUCUCUCAAAGAGCAAAUGCUUCCCCCGACUGAAGAGAUACCGGUGGCGGAUCAUGACUGGCCUGUAGACAUGCUCAUUGUCGGCGACGACCGGUGCCUGGCGCGCCGAAACUGAUUCUUUCCCGGACUAGCGAG